CCCUGAUCUUGACUGCAUCAAUAAUGAAGCUCACCGUUGCCUCCAAAGCUCUAACCUUGAGUCAAAUGUCAAAUUAAACUAUGGAUGCCAACUGAUGAUCAUCAACCGUCCAAUUCCCAUUAAUCUAUUCGACAUCUUCGUAGAUCCUCUGUCGUCCUGCUGCAGCGGGUCAUGUGACAUCAAACUCUCCGCCAUCGCUAAAGCAGGUCUCCCCGACAAAGAAUCGACAUCGAAUCUCCUGCCCUUUCAUCAUUUCACUUGAUGCAUACGCUUGUUGUCCAUUGUGUCAACAGCUUUUGCAUAUUCUAAUUUCGGUGGCUGUAUUUGCCCCGGAUGUAUUCGUCAAUGCAACAAACCAGGUUGCUCUCGUCCUUUGCCCGACCCUGUCGUUUCAUUGCACAUCGCCGCUAUCCGGCAGGUUUCGCCUCCCAUUCGCGUCGUUUCCAUCUUUCGCGAAGAUGGCUGUCAUCGGUGCCUCCAGACCCUCAGGACCCGACGCCUGAAAGCGUUGCCAACGAUGUUUCGCCUCUCAAUGCCGAAAAUAACCUUUCUGCGAAUGACCCGACAUCAGCGCCAUCCACGGAGCGUUCCGUGAAAAGAGAUCUGGGACCAUAUGGCUCAGCCGUUCGAAGAGCAUGGAGGAAUAGGAAACCAGUGGAAAAAUGGAUAGCCCCUGCCGCAACUAUCCCUGACUGGUUUCAUGAGCGGAAUACGGUGCUCAACGAUAAGGACCAAGCGCAAGGAGCUACACAAUCGGUCCAGCAAGUCAAGAUAGAAAAGCCGGGAUCGGAAAGGGAGAAAUCCGCGACUGGUGAUUUGGCUCAUGGUGGCGAUGGAGGAGACCCGCCGGCGUCCACCGAACAUACUGAACCUGAAAAUCGAUACGCUUUAACGGGACCGUUAUGGGAGGAGCUAUGUGCUUCCGCCAGAGCGGGAAUGCGACUCCCUCCCUCAAAAUACGCAACGGAGCCUUCGGCAAAGAAGUCACAUCUUGUUCUACAAUACCCAGGUAACGAUGGUAUCUUGUUCCUGGAUGCGGUGGUAAAAAGGUUAUCUCAGGAGCUUGGUGCCGACUUGGUAACGCUGAAUGCCCAGGAUAUUGCCCAGUUGUGUAUUGAACAGGACUUGGCAGACAGCGGCACAACAACAUCGAUCAGAUCUCUUGGCUAUGAAGUAUACCAACCUUCCGUCUCGGAUUCCUGGCAAGAAAUCGAUGAUGUGCACGAGGGCGACGCUGAUGAGAGUGAAAUGCUUGAGCCUCCGCGAAACUUCAGGCCGAGUAUGAAGGCACCCAAGUUCAUCACCAUCGAAAGCUCCAAGGAAAAUGGCGCUAUUCCGCUUCCCAACUUGACGGGCUUGAAGUCAUUGGUUGCUUCUUUCAACAUGCCAUAUGACAACUCGGCUGGCUCCGCGUCACAAGGCAACUCUGACAGAGUAGAAGAUAGACGGCUUCGACUUGUCAAUGAGUUGAUCGCCUCGCCCGGAAAACCGUCACAGCAACCGGUGUCUAAGGAAGAAUCACCGGCGACAGAUGAGGCCUCUACACAGAAGCCUGAACAGGCUCGUGAUGUCAUUGUCCAAGUCCAAGACUAUGCCGAUAUUCAAGGCACACGUGAAGGUGCCAAAUUUAUCCAUUUCCUUCAGAAAGCCAUUACGGACCGUCGGAAAGCCGGUUCUCGGGUUUUGUUGGUCGGAAGUGUAGCCCAAGAUAUUGCACCCGAGCCACAAGAUGACGAUCACUUCUCACAGACGCUUAUCAUCACUCCAGCCAUGGGAUUGAAGGAUGCCGAAAAGACCUUUACGGAAGACCGCAAGAACCGUACACUGGAUAUCAACAUUCGCCACAUGCAAGAGAUGCUUCGGACUCGACUGAGCGAGCAUCCUUCGGCUAUCAAAGACGACAUCUUCGGGAGCCGUGCUUGGCCAUUGGAAGCAACUCUCGUGAAGGAAUUGGCUCUCAAUGAGCGUUACUGGUCAUACAACCAGAUACACUGGGCUGCAACUCUUGCACUUGGAUGCGUCGAAGCUGAUGCGCCUUUUGGCUUUGAACACAUCCAGCGCGGAAUGGAGAUGAUGCAGCGAACAGACCGUAUUAAGAAUGACUGGCUACAGGAAAAGUCGCCCAAGGCUAAAACAGAGCCUGUUGACGACAGAGAACGCUUGUUGAGCUCACUACGAAAGACCUGCAAUUCACACGAAAAGAAGCUCUUGAAUGGCGUUGUUGAUGCCAAGAACAUCCGGACCACCUUCAAUGAUGUCCAUGUACCCCUCGAAACCAUCGAUGCUCUGAAGACGCUUACUUCUCUUUCGCUCAUUCGCCCUGAGGCUUUCAGCUACGGUGUUCUGGCUACAGACAAGAUCCCCGGUUUACUCCUCUACGGCCCUCCGGGAACCGGCAAGACCCUUCUUGCCAAGGCAGUGGCGCGUGAAAGUGGUGCCACUGUUCUCGAGGUCAGCGGAUCUGAAGUCUACGACAUGUAUGUCGGUGAGGGAGAGAAGAACGUCAAAGCAAUCUUUACAUUGGCCAAGAAGCUCAGCCCUUGCGUCGUUUUUAUCGACGAAGCAGACGCCAUCUUCUGUUCGCGGACUGGGGCCAGCAGUCGCACGUCUCAUCGGGAACUUAUUAAUCAAUUCCUCCGGGAGUGGGACGGCAUGAAUGAUCUCUCUGCCUUCAUCAUGGUGGCUACUAACAGACCAUUUGAUCUCGAUGAUGCCGUUCUCCGGCGUCUUCCCCGGCGACUCCUUGUUGACCUUCCACUUGAACAAGAUCGAGAGUCCGUCUUGAAGAUCCAUCUGAAAGAAGAACAACUUGAUUCGUCAGUAGAUCUAGCCGAACUCGCUCGUCGCACGCCUCUCUAUUCUGGCUCGGAUCUGAAGAACCUUUCCGUAGCAGCAGCAUUGGCCUGUGUCCGGGAAGAGAACGCCCUGGCAGCGCAGCAUAAGGGCGAAGAGCCCUAUCAGUACCCUGAGAGGCGCACCUUGACUUGGAAGCACUUUGAGCGUGGUAUGGAAGAAAUCAGCGCCUCGAUCAGCGAAGACAUGUCGUCGCUGUCCGCGAUUCGGAAGUUCGAUGAGCACUAUGGCGACCGGAAAGGCCGGCGCAAGAAGAGUCCCGGCUGGGGAUUUAUUCCUGGCGCCACUGAUGAGAAUGCGGCCGACUCAGCACGCGUCCGAACUUGAUUUGAGUCUUCUGUCUUUGAGGUUUCAAUGGUUUUUGCGGGGGGGUAUUCAAUGGAUUGGCAAUUCUGCUGGGCUUGUGUAAUUUUAGCGAUACGAUAGACAUGUACCAAUAGCAAUAAAAAAGUAUAUACCCAGAAAUCAUGCAAGAAGUCAAUCGCACCAUUCUAAUCCUGCUGUCCG